AUGUUCAGUUCAAAAAGGGUUUUUCCCUUUCAGGUAAACCUCUGCAGUUCACACCUAUUGUUGAGACGUGCUGUGAUUGCAUGCCUACGUCAGCUUGCACAGAGGGAAGCUGCUGAGGUGUUGGAACAUGCUAGGGCUCUUGCCAAGGAAUCCAGUGUUAAUAUAAGUGAAACUGGCCUAGAAGGAGCACUUUUCAGUUUACUCGACAGAGAAUCAGAUCAACGACUUUGUCGUGAUAUUCAGGAAACUCUAAGCUAUAUCCUAUCAUCCAUGGCUGUUGAAAACCUUUCUCAUUGGAUAAAAUUAUGCAAUGAGGUUUUAUCUGCCUCAGCUGAUUUCACCACCACAGCACCAGUUGACACAACUCAGGAAGAGGAGGAGGAUAGAGGAGAUGAUAAUUCAAUAUUUACCUCCAGAAGAGAUGACCAAUUCCAAUCAGUCAUCAAACCACGCUGGCCUACAAGGGUAUUUGCAGCAGAAUGUGUGUGUCGAAUUAUUACACAGUGCGAGAAUGUAGAUUCUGCUCAUUUUGAUAUGACAAUGGCUCAGGAAAGGAAAGUGAAGCACCCAAAAAGUGAUUUCUUAGUGAGCCAUCUUGCAGACUUGAUUCGCAUGGCUUUCAUAGCUGCCACAGAUCACAGUAACGCUCUCCGGCUAUCUGGCCUUGAAACACUACAUGUCAUCAUCAGGAAAUUUGCAAAUGUCCCUGAGCCAGAGUUCCCUGGCCAUGUAAUCCUUGAACAAUACCAAGCAAAUGUGGGGGCUGCACUGAGGCCUGCAUUUUCCCCUGACACCCCACCUGAUGUUACUGCUAAGGCAUGUCAAGUCUGCAGUGCUUGGAUUGGAAGUGGAGUUGUGAGUGACCUGAACGAUCUUCGAAGAGUACAUCAGCUUCUGGCAACAUCCCUGAGCAAAGUACAAGCUGGGCAGGAAGCACAGAAUAAACUGUACAAUGAAAGUACCUCAACAAUGGAGACUCUAGCUGUACUGAAAGCUUGGGCAGAAGUUUAUAUAGUAACUAUGGAAAGGCAAAAGGUGUGUGCUCCAAAGCAGAAGCAAUUCUUGAAGGUUGAGAGGUCUGCUGCUGGUGGCUCGAAGGAUGCUAUUACAAUUGCAGAAGGUCUUCUCAAUUUAGUCCAAUUAGAACUGGGAACACUGAGUAAACUCUGGCUGGCUGCUCUACAGGACUAUGCCCUUCUCACCUUGCCUCCAGAAUAUGCUAAUCAGCUUCCAGCUGAAGGUGGUGCAUUCUAUACAUCAGAGACCAUAGAGGCAGCAAGGCCACAUUAUUGUAAUUCUUGGGCUCCUAUUCUUCAUGCCACAGCAUUAUGGCUGAAUAGUACAGGUUUUAUUGUAAUUGACCCAGAUGAAGGCUCUUCCCGUCUGUCCAGACCUGUAACUCCAACAAUGGGUCAUGAAUCCACUUUGGCAAAUGUAAUGAAGUCUCCAGAAGAUGUCAACACGGACAGAUUCCAUCUCAUUUUAGGAAUCAGCGUAGAGUUUCUGUGUUCACCACGACCAGAUGUACCAAUGGAAAGCAUCGUAGCCUGUUUAAAUGCUCUGCAGUCACUUCUGGAUGUUGUUUGGCCACGUUGUAAAGUAGGAAGCGAUCAGGAGCUUGGGGUGGAAUUGUUGAAUGUUCUGCAUCGAUUAAUACUGACACGCGAGUCCCCAUUUAUUCAACUGGCUGUAAUUGAUGUUGUCGAAAGAAUUAUACGUGCAGCUCAGGAACAUGUGAAAGAAAAACGGAGAAGUGCAGAAGUUGAUGAUGGUGCUGCUGAGAAGGAAACCCUACCAGAAUUUGGAGAGGGCAGUGACACUGGUGGACUGGUACCAGGAAAAUCCCUUGUCUUUGCAACACUAGAGUUGUCUCUCUCUAUCCUUGUGCGUCAGCUUCCACAAUUAAACCCUAAACUUGUGGGUGUUCAUAUGAGCAACGGAAAGCCUCAACCGUUAUCCAAGGAUGGUGUUAAAUUAGUAGCAGCUGCCCUGGGAAUUCUCUCUGAACUCGUUUCAGUGUGCUCCCCGACAGGGACCAUUUCUAUUCUUCCCACCAUCCUUUACCUUAUCACGGGAGUCAUUAAAGAAACUGCAGUCAAGACGCUUGAUGGUUGUACAUCUUUAACAGUUGGUGCAGCACUGCAGGCAUUAAAGGCUGUUGUUUCCUCUCCUAUGGCUCGAGCAGAGAAGAGCCAUGCUGCAUGGACAAGGCUUCUCCGCAGUGCUCUUGCAACGAUUUUAGAAUUUUGGAAUCCAGAGAUGACUCCAUCAGAACUGGAUGAAGUGAGCAUGCUAACUGCCAUUAGUAUUUUCUUGAUGUCAGCAAGUCCAGAAGUCACCUGUGUACAGUGCCUUGAGAAAAAAUGUAUCAACAGGUUUAAAAUAGUUCUUAGUUCUAAAAAUCCAAUAGUGCUCGUGCAGUGCUACAAAUUGCUGCAGUCAAUAUUUCAGCAUCCUAAUCGGGCAGUAUCUACCCCUUACAUUCACUCCCUGACUAUUUUAAUUGUACAAAGAUUGCGAGACGUGGAGAAAGAGAUGCCAAGCACAUGUGCAGAAUUGCAGGCUAUGCAAGCAGGAUUGAAGACUUUGGAGACUUUGAUCACCUUAGCUGAAGAACAAAACCGAGUCCACUUGGUAGUUUUGUUUCUGCCAAUCCUGAUAUCUUGUCUUUUGGAUGAAAAUACUUUAACAUCUGCAACAAAUCCUGCCAAGAGUUUACAUGAGUUUGCCCUUCAAAACCUGAUGCAAAUAGGCCCUCGGUAUCCAUCCAUUUUUCAAAAACUAAUGGGUACUUCUCCAGCUAUGAAAGCCAGGCUUGAAGGUGCUGUUAAAGGUAACCAGGAGAGCAUCAAAGCAAAGACAGCAGCUGGACAGUCCAAGUGUUCUGGAAAAUCUUCUCCGAGCAUUCAACUCAAGACCAAUUUUUCAAAUUUCUAAGAGCUGUGAACCAGUUUACGGAACUGCGAGUAGCAUUAAGCUGACCAGACUACACCAAGCAAAGGAAUAUGAAUGGAAGAAAUCUUAUCACUUAAUUUAACCUGGCAUGUGGCUAAUCUUGUUUGACUUGAUAACAGAGGGCUAAAAUUUAGAGCAACACGUGGAUGUAUUAACCUUUAACUUGGUGAACAUCCCAAAUUUAGUGUUCUAAAUCCAUGUUUACAAUUUUAAACAUUUAUUUCACCAUUCUCACUUUAAUUGCUAAUUCACUAAACUGAAGUCUUAAAAGUAUGUAUACUCUUGUUAUUACAAUAGCUUAAGGAUUUGGAAUGGGCUUGUUAACAAGGACUUGAUCUCCAAGGAAACAAAUACAACUAGAUUAGUAAUAAUUUUAAAGGUAAUUUUAUGCAAACAUCUUUUUCAUUAAGAAGAUGGCACUACUCUUGCCAGAAUUUGUGAAAACCUAAUGCAGCAGUAUUGGUUAGUAUGAUCCACAACAUACCAAUUUAUAACCAGCAGUAGCUAACUUCAUAAAUGGACUCUGAAGAUAAUUGCACUACAAUGCUAUUAUUUUUUUAAGUGAACAAAGUUACCACUACUAAAUCUGUUUUUAAAAAUGUACUCUGGACUCUCUUGAAACUUUAAAAAAAUAAAUUUGUAACCAUAAAUUGUUUACUAAAUAUGGCUAUUGAUGCCACCCAGUUGUGUUUUUGUCAGUAAUAAUGAUGAUGCACACUGUAUGUGUAUAGUAUUCUUAUUCUGUAGUAAUCUAUACAGAAAUCUAAUUCCAAAAGUUAUUCUCACAGUAAAGCAGUCUGCCUGCUCCCACUGACUAGUUUGUGUCCUUUGGCUUAACUAAAGCUCUGAAGUACUGUACUAAUAGAUGGCUUAAAUGCCAUGUACAUAACACAAUUGUAAAUUCUACAGAAUAACCACGUGCAUUAUUGUUCCAUUUUGCUUUUGUAACUUUACUGAAAUAAAGCUGAUUUAAUUUUG